UACCCGGAAGAAUGACAAAUGUUGAUUACUAGCGGUGUGGGUUAGUCGAAAUAUUUUCGUUUAAUAUGGUCAACAAUUCAUGACAAUUAUUUUUUAAAAUCGUAGUUUGUGUAUUUGAACAAGCUAACAACGCCAAAACAAACAAACAAACAAAAAAAACAAGUGUUCAUAGGCGAACUUCUGUUGUUGAGGACCAAACUAAGUUCCUUGAUGCAAAAAGGACAAAAUCACUGGCUGGACCCAAAUGGCAUCCUACUUCGAUGAACACGACUGUGAACCCACUAAUCCUGAGGAACAGUACCGCCAGAAUGCACUUCUUGAAUUGGCAAGGUCUUUAAUGCAGGGCUUGGAUUUGAUGGACUCCGGGGCUUUCGACUUGUCAGACUGGGACCAGCGGCUUCCUCCUCCAGCUGCCAAAACUGCCGUUCAGACCCUCACUGUGGUCAUCAUUUCCCCAGAACAAGCAGACAAGGGUCUGAAAUGUCCCGUGUGCUUGCUGGAGUUCGAGGAACAAGAGACGGUUCGAGAAAUGCCUUGCAAACACCUUUUUCACUCAGGAUGUAUACUACCAUGGUUGGGCAAGACUAACUCCUGUCCACUCUGCCGACUUGAACUCCCAACUGAUAAUCCAGAGUAUGAAGAGUUUAAAAAGGACAAGGAAAAAAGAAAACAGAGGGAACACAGAUUGGAGGACCUACAUGGAGCCAUGUACACAUGAUGCAACAGCACUCAAGUAAUUUUGCUCACUGGAAUCUUCUAAAAAUAACAAACUGCAUUCACACUAUUUUGUACAAAUCAUUAUUUCAAGUUUGAGAAUGGGAACAUGUAAGAAGUCUUGAGAAUGUCUGACAUUGACUAUAUAUACUCUUAGUUGACUAAAAUGUCUGGAUUUUUUGGCAAAAUAGUCCCAACUGAUGCCAGCACCACUGGCAGCUCCAUUCAGGUAAAUUGUAAACUUAUAAAAUAUCACAGAGUGAUAAUAUCUCAUUUAAGUUUAAUUUGGUAAUGUUUGGUAUGAUAGAACGACAGUCUGGGAAUGACAUUUGACUUCCCCAUCAACAGGGCUUCUUUGUUUUCACCCUCUGUAUAAUCAUGUGUGAGUGCAGCAGUCCCACUGGAUUCUUUAUUAUUCUUUUCAGCCUAUUUGUAUUGAUGUGUUUAGCCAAAAAAAAGUAAAUGACAUUGGCAACAUUGCAAAAACGGAGUAUGUGAUGUGUGUCAAAUUAAAAGGCCUGAAGUUUUUCCUUCCUGAUAAAAUUGAGUUCUUUCCACCGUCGCCCGCCGCCCCGUACAUGCUCAGGGUGGGGGAUUGAAUUGAAGUAAAGAGUCAAUGCAAUCUGCUAGUUUUCCUUAGCUAGGCUAUUAUUUAUGAAUACUGAUUGGAUGACAAUGAAUUGGCUCAAAUUGUCUGUAAAGUGCCCUGAUGUGACAUUGUUGUGAAUUGGUGCUAUACAAAUAAAGCUGAA